CUUCUCCAAGUAUCACCACCACAAGAACCAAACUAAAGAUGUAUGUUACAAGGCGUUUAUCGGAAUACCAGAAAAAGCCAUCGGAGCUGAAACUGCUUCCACCGGAAGGUCCAAACUCCGGCAUAAUGGUGAUUCAAGACGAAGAAUCACAGGCCACUUGCUGCUUUGGUUCUUGCUAUGAGGGUAGACUUAAGGGCUUGCCGUUUCCACAAAACGUGAAGCUGAAUGCAGCGUAUACUAGUGGAGGAGGAGAACACCAGACAACACAUCUUACUCCAGUUGUGUUCAUUCCUGUUCUUGAUCAGCCAUUGUCUUCAAACCUUUACUAUGUUUUACAAAGGCGUGGGAAGCAUACUGGCAAAGCAUCUGCAAGUGCAACAGAGGAGGAGAGGGUUUCAAGCUGCUUUUGCUUUAGCUAUAUUCCUGACGCUAAGCCACAAGAAGCAGAUCCUUAUGACAUAUACCAACAAUUCGAGAUCCAUCAACGCCGAUCAUCAUCUCGCUAUUACUCUGCCACUUCUGUUGCUUCUGAUGGUGUACCACCAAAUUACCUUAAGAGGAAAGAUUGGUGGGUCAGCUACUCGACUUCGCACGACUUUGGUCUAAGAGAUGAUGCAAAAGGGAUUAACACAAAGCUUCGCUUAGACUCAGAACUUACUAGUUUAGGUAAGAGUAUUGAGAUAGGGAAAUGGUAUGUUCCUUUCAUAUUUGUGAUGGAAGGAGAUGUAAAAGAUCAGAUGAACAAAUCGACGUUUUACAGCGUGACACUUCAACAAAGAUGGGAAGAAGUUUUCUUCUGCGAAAACAUUGGCAAUGAACAUUUUGAGGUUGUAGUUGAUGUUGAUGUAGAAACAGAAUCGGUGAAGCUUGAGGGACAAGAAACUAAUUUGAGAGAGGAUUCAGGUGAUGGAGUUGUUUGGUUUAGUGUCUUAAGGGAUGAGAAAGACGACAAGAAGAUAGGUCUUGGAUCUGUGGUCGUAGAGAGGAUGAAAUGGGAAGAGGAAAGGUUUGGAUGGUUAAACGAAGCAGGCGAAAGAUCUAACAUUAAGAGAUCAGAGAGAUUUGAAGGCGGUUCAUCGCAUUGGAAGAGUUAUCGAUGUUAUGUAUUGAUAGAGAGCUUUGAAUUGACGAGAAUGGAUGGGAGUUUGGUGUUGACAUAUGAGUUUAGGCAUGUUGAUAAGCUAAAGAGCAAGUGGGAUUGAUUUUCAUUCUGUUUUCAGUUUCGUUGUGUGCCAUCUUUUUGUUCAAUAAUCAAUUUGGUGAAUAAGUUUUUAUGCAAGUUCAUGUAAUACUAAACUUUAAGUUCACAUUUAAUUUCAUGUAAAUGUCAAUUUAGUUGAUCGAUCUUCUUAAAUGUUUUAACUAUUUCCUAGGUUAUCAUUUUCAAUAUUAGCACAUGUUGUAAUCAUAAUUCCAACAACUUUUGUAAACCCUC